AUGAACACUUCAGCAUUGCCUAUUACAAUAUCAUUUGAUAUUGCUAAUACCUUGACACAGAUGAAGGUCUUUGUACCACUACUUGAGAUGAUGAAGUUUCCAGAGUAUCGCGAGAAAACUUUGAAGGUGAUCAAUGGUGUUUCUGAGGAAAAAAGUAAAGAACAUAAACAAAAUGGAGCUGCUAUAAAUGUUAUGCCUGUAGGAGUCAUGAAGGAACUUGGAAUGGAAGUGGACACAAAUUUUGGUAAAUGUUAUGCUAUGGAUAACCAUUUUGUCCCAGUGGUUGGUGUCAUGAAGGAUGUUGAAUUCAAACAAUGGUCCAAUCUAAUAGGAGGCCAUGUUGAGCUAGACUUAUCAUACGCCACUAUACCAGUGAAUGGACAGGAAGUGAGAAUUGAGAGAGAACCUCAUUCUGAGUAUAUUAUUGAGGAGGCAGAACCUGUUGAAUCAGUAUGCUUCAUCCAGUCAGAUAUAGAUAACUUUAAAGUGGAGUUGAAAAAACCAAAAACACAGAGCUUGACUCCAAUUGAAUCUUCGGUCAAGGAAAAUAAGGAUCAAGUAUGGAGGAUGUAUUUUGAUGGAUCAUGCAGUAAGGAAGGAAGUGGGGCUAGAAUUAUAUUUAUUUCACCAGAUGGAGAGAUGUUCAAGUAUUCUUUUAAGCUGAUAUUUGAAUGUACAAAUAAUAUUGCAGAAUAUGAAGCUCUACUUACUGGACUUAAUGUGGCUACCAAACAUGGAAUUAAAUUGCUCAGUGUCUUUGGGGAUUCAGAGUUAGUGAUAUCUCAGAUCAAACAGAAGUAUGCUUCUAAACAUCUCAGGUUGAAACAAUACAGGGAUGCUGUGUGGGACACCAUUGAACUGUUUGAUGCUUUCCAGAUAAGUUGGAUUGAUAGAUCAAAUAAUAUCAUGGCUGACUUCUUGGCUAAUGUUUCUUUAAAAGGAAAUGAUAUAACACUGAAUGGAGUGUCAGAGUGUGUGGAUCACUACCAAGCACAAGCUAUCAACUUCAAUGAUUUUGGGGAAAGGACAGAUGGGAAAGAGACUCUGUUUGGAUAG